AUGACAUCAAAUCGUGCAUCCUGUUCGCUGGCCAUUCCUCCAAGAACGUACGGCUGCCCAAAAGGCAAGUUCUGGUCAGGGGUCGGUGAGUUGCAGCGCUAUCCUCCGCUUUGGGAGGACACAGAGGGUGUCUUCGAAGAGUACUUGAAUGGCCCUUCUUUGUCACCUUCCAGGCAUCAGAAGUCACUGGGGACGUCAAGGGGCCUAAUGGAGCUUCACUAUGACUCCAUGCGAAAGAAGGCCCAGGAGCGGGCCAAAUUUCCUUCACAAACUGAAACUCCAAGCAUGGGAAGGGCCUAUGCUGCUUGCUCUGGCUACAGCGGGCUGAUCCCCGGCAAGCUUUCAGGCAACGUCGUGGGCUGCACUUUUUCUGAGGGCAGCAAGCUUGCCAACGAGACUCACGGCCACAACUUCCCGCGUCCAAUGUCCGGAGUGACAUUUACGCUGGGCUUCCGAAGCAACUCGUCGAGGCUUCGGACCAACAGCCUCCCAAAUCUGCAGGACGAUUCGAGCAGGCCAGCAGUUCAUGGGAAUCCGACCUAG